AUGGCUGAUGAAACUAAUCAGAUUACAACCACAAACUCAAAUGAAAUAAAUAAACAAUACAUCCUUGCUCCUCAUUGUCCCGUCGGAUAUUUUUUAAUGGCCGCCGUCAUGCUCGUUUUCAUUCCCAUAGUUUUCGUUGCAACUGCCAUCAAUACAUUAAAACGUCCGGAUUCAGAUUCAUUCUGGAGUAUUUUAAAUAUCACAUGCCUCAUUGGUUUUAGUAUUGUACUUCUACCUAUUGGGGGAUUCAUGUUGAUUAUACUUAUUUACUGUUUGAUCAGAUAUUAUAAAAGAGAUUGGAUUUAUAAAAAGAAAAUAGAGAUUGAGAAUAAUCAACAUAGAGACAAUUCAUCAGUUAAAUGGAAUCUUAAAUGUGUUCAAAUUUACAAAAAGAUUUUCUUUUCAUCUCAUCGUGAAAAUCAAAAUGAAGAAUCGAUCAUUUAA